AUGCACUUGAUUGUUCUUCUUGCUAUUGCUGGUGCUGCGCUGGCCGGAUUACCGUCGGGCUACGAGGCUGCUGAAAUGGUGCAGCCUGCUCCACCUCCAAUUUCCUCCGAUGGUGGAGAUCAGCAAGGAUACAACAGCGAUGCUGGAACGCAAGCUCCUGCUCCAGCUGCAGGACAAGGAGCAGUUGCUCCACCACCACCACCUGCUGCUGACCAGGGAGCUCCUCCUCCUCCUCCUCCUCCUCCUCCUUCUCCACCACCACCACCACCACCCGCUCCAUCAGCGCCAGCAGACCAGGGAGGAGCUCUUCCUCCACCUCCUCCAUCAGGACCAGCACCUGGUGGUGACAUGGUAGGCUAA